AUGAAUACCGAUAAUGAUAACAAUCCAACCAGCAAUGCAAGCAAUAAUGCAGCUAAUACGGCUAAUAAUGCAGUCAAUACAAGUAAUAAUUCUGCUCUUAAUUUAAAUAAUUUAAAGCAGCAGCGAUCAACAGUGAAAAGGAACAUGACCUCGAUUCGAUCUAAAAUAGAUAAGGAGAAGGACGAAAUAGAUCCAACAAUUCUGGAAUGUCGACUACAAAUUCUAGAAUCUCAUUUCAAACAAUUAUGCCAUAUUCAAUCACAAAUCGAACAAUUUAAUCCAGAAGGCAAUGCCAGAGCUGAUUUUGAAGAGCUAUUUGUUGUUUCAAAAGCGAAAAUACUUAAUUUGCUUAAAGAAACUCGAAGCCCUGCACUUGCAGUCAUCGAAGCUUUUCAAAUUACAGCAGAAAAUUAUCCAAAGGCUAUGGCACGAUUGAAAGAACGUUUCGAUAAUAAGGUAUUAAUAUUCUUAGACCACAUUACUGAACUCUUUAAUAUGCCAGGAAUGACUAAAGCUGAUCCGGCUUCUCUACGUAAAUUAAUUGAUAUUGUUGCAGCAUUAAGAUCAUCAUUGCUUUCAUUGGGCUCAGAAGUAAAAGUUAUGAAUGCCAUUAUAAUUUAUAUAGUCCUAAGUAAAGUUGAUGCAGAAACAAAAUUUGCACAUGACGAAAAGCAAGAAUUUGAAAAAAUGCCUUCUUGGGACGAAUGUUAUAAGAUGUUAAGUCGGCGUUGUCAAUUUCUUGAAGGACGAGCUACAGUAUUACAAACGCAUCUCAGUGUCAAAUCUGGUUGUGAAUUUUGCAAGGCAGCUGACCACUUUUUAGGAAAAUGCCCUUCGUUUUUAGCAACGCCAGUUUCUCAGCGCUUUGACUUUGUUAAGAAAGCAGGCUGCUGCAUAAAUUGUUUGACAAAAGGGCACUCCGUUACAAAAUGUAAAUCCGAAUCACGUUGCAGAAUUUGUCGUUCAUCACAUCAUACUCAUUUACACAAAUUUACAAAUACUUUGAUUAAUUCAUCAAUUAGUUGUCCAAGUAUCGCAAUUCAAGAGCAAGGACAGCUACAACAAUCUAAUAGCGCUGUAACAUCAUUAUUAAUUCAGUCUUCAAAAAGAUCAAUUAUUCCUACUGUUCUGGUAUUUGUGAUGGACAAGUUUGGGAUUAAGCAUCCAGUGCGAGCACUUUUAGAUUCCUGUUCCGAAUUAAACUUUAUUACAGAGGAAACAGCCAAAUUAUUGCAUUUAAAAUCGAAAUACUCUACUCAAGAAGUCUUUGCGGAUCCAUUAUUCGAUAGACCUUGUCAAGUGGACAUGCUGAUUGGUGCAGAAAUCUUCUUUGAUUUAUUACUUGAGGGCAAAAUUUCGUUAGGCAAAGACAUGCCAUAUUUAAUUAACACUGUUUUCGGUUGGGUAGCAGGAGGCACGCAUAGUACAGACUUAUGUUCUAAAUCAUUUGAAUGCAACUUUACUCAAAAAUCACACAAUGAAGAUACAUUUCUUGAACGAUUUUGGGAAUUAGAAGAAUACAAAAUAAGCUCCCCGCAACUCAGCGCAGAGGAGAAAAAUUGCGAACAGCACUACAUCAAAACAGUAACAAUCAGCGAAAAUGGGCGAGUUCAAGUAAGAUUACCUUUUAAAGUCAACCCCGAUGUUUUAGGAAAAUGA